ACCUGCAUCCUCCCUACCUACGCUACAUCAUCCACCCAUCCAUCGAUCCCACGCCGACAAAGCAGAGAGAGGAGAAACAGAGAGAAGAGAUCAAAAACAGACAGACAGACAGACAUGCUCUCCAAAGUACAGAGAUCCUUCAGACCUGCGUCUGUUACGCUGAGACGACUCCACCAGUCAGCCCUGGAUGUGGUAGAUCAUCCAGCCUCAGAGGACAGUGUGACAGACAGUUUUGGCAGGUUCAUCCAGGGUGUCCAGCCCCACCAGCUGACCCCCACCGUGCUCCACCGCAGUAAGAGGAUGGUCCUAGACUCCAUCGGAGUGGGACUACUGGGCAGCACCACACAUGUCUUCCAGCUGGCCCUGCAACACUGUCAGCACAUGUACGGUCCUGAUGACAUCAGCAGUGUGUACGGACGCAGAGGAACCAGACUCUCCCCAACCCUGGCUGCCUUCGUCAACGGAGUGGCUGCCCACUCCAUGGACUUUGAUGACACCUGGCACCCUGCCACUCACCCGUCAGGGGCAGUCCUUCCUGCCCUGCUGGCGGUCAGCGAUAUGCUGCCCAGUAACAGCAAGCCUAGUGGGCGGGACUUCCUGCUUGCGUUCAAUGUGGGUAUAGAGAUCCAGGGACGACUGAUGAGAUUCUCCAACGAGGCUCACAACAUCCCCAAGAGGUUCCACCCCCCUACUGUUGUGGGUACUCUGGGUAGUGCAGCAGCCUGCGCCCGCCUCCUCUCUCUGGAACACUCCCAGUGUAGCCACGCCCUGGCCAUCGCUGCCAGCCUAUCAGGAGCCCCCAUGGCUAACGCUGCCACCCAGUCCAAACCCCUCCACAUCGGCAACGCAGCGCGGCUGGGGCUUGAGGCGGCUCUACUGGCCUCUAGAGGUCUGGAGGCCUCACCCAGGGUCCUGGAUGACACCGCCGGGGUCGCAGGGUUCAGCGCCUUCUACGAGGACUACGCCCCACAACCUUUGGCCUCCCCAGAGGAAGAGGGGUUGCAGUUCCUCCUAGAGAACCAGGAUAUAGGGUUUAAGAGGUUCCCGGCCCACCUGGGGAUGCACUGGGUGGCCGACGCUGCUGCCGCUGUACACAAACUGCUGCUGGGGGAGCAGGGGUCAGGGGGGAGUGGUCAGGGGUCAGGGGUCGUAGGUCAGGUCCAGGACAUCCUGCUCAGGGUUCCCCGCUCCAAGUACAUUGAUCGUCCGUUCCCGGAGUCGGAGCAUGAGGCCAGACACUCCUUCCAGUUCAACGCCUGCUCUGCCCUGCUGGACGGAGAGGUCACCGUGGACUCAUUCUCCCAGGAAGCACUGCAGCGCCCCGACCUCUACUCCCUGCUGGGGCGUGUCCACGUCGAGCAUCCCCAUGACAACCCCGCUAACUUUGACCGCAUGUACGGCGAGGUGCAGGUGACGCUGGUGGGCGGGGACGUCCUGAAUGGACGCUGUGAUACUUUUUAUGGUCACUGGCGUAACCCUUUGACCAAUGAGAGCCUGAGGAAGAAGUUCCGUAGCAACGCUGGGGAGGUCCUUCCCAGAGAGAAGGUGGAGGGUCUGAUAGAGGCAGUAGAGGGACUAGACAGACUGGAGGACUGCUGUCCUCUGCUGGAGCAGCUACAGUGAUCACACACAGAGCUACAGGGAUCAUACACAGAGCUACAGGGGUCACACACAGAGCUACAGGGGUCACACACAGAGCUACAGGGGUCACACACAGAGCUACAGGGAUCAUACACAGAGCUACAGUGGUCACACACACAGAGCUACAGUGGUCACACACACAGAGCUACAGGGAUCACACACACAGAGCUACAGGGAUCACACACAGAGCUACAGGGAUCAUACACAGAGCUACAGUGGUCACACACACAGAGCUACAGGGAUCACACGCAGAGCUACAGGGAUCACACACACAGAGCUACAGGGAUCACACACAGAGCUACAGGGAUCAUACACAGAGCUACAGUGGUCACACACACAGAGCUACAGGGAUCACACACAGAGCUACAGGGAUCACACACAGAGAGCUACAGGGAUCACACACAGAGCUACAGGGAACAUACACAGAGCUACAGGGGUCACACACAGAGCUACAGGGAUCACACACAGAGCUACAGGGGUCACACACACAGAGCUACAGGGAUCACACACAGAGCUACAGGGAUCACACACAGAGCUACAGGGAUCACACACAGAGCUACAGGGAACAUACACAGAGCUACAGGGGUCACACACAGAGCUACAGGGAUCACACACAGAGCUACAGGGAUCACACGCAGAGCUACAGGGGUCACACACAGAGCUACAGGGAUCACACACAGAGCUACAGGGAUCACACACAGAGCUACAGGGAUCACACACAGAGCUACAGGGAUCACACAAAGAGCUACAGGGAUCACACACAGAGCUACAGGGAUCACACAAAGAGCUACAGGGAUCACACACAGAGCUACAGUGAUCACACAGAGCUACAGGGAUCACACACAGAGCUACAGGGGUCACACACAGAACUACAGGGAUCACACACAGAGCUACAGGGAUCACACACAGAGCUACAGGAUCACACACAGAGCUACAGGGAUCACACACAGAGCUACAGGGAUCACACGCAGAGCUACAGGGGUCACACACAGAGCUAGAGGGAUCACACAGAGAGCUACAGGAUCACACACAGAGCUACAGGGAUCACACACACCACGUCACAGAACUCCUGACCAGCUGAUGUUUCUGCAUUUUACAACAUCAUGUUGUAAGAGACACUUAAAAUUGUUCAAAGAUAAAUUAAGUUAAAAUGAAGAAUCUACUUCCAAUGUGAGGGAAGAGGGAGAGUCUACAGGUGAUUAACUUUAGCUGUACAUUAAAUUAUAUGAACAAUCAAAGCUAAAUGAUUAAGUACAGUAUAUUUUGUUGUAUCCAUUUCUAUGACCCCGAUUAGGGUCCCUGUGUUUCCUUGACAACGUAUCUCUACAGUCUGAGUGGAUGUUGACAAUAACAACAAUUCAUUUGAAGGAUGGACGUGUAUGUACAUGUGAUUUUAUUAUGAAGUUUAUUUUCUAUUUUGUUGAACAGUCUUGUAUUCUACCAAACAUGUAUAUUAUUAUGAUUCUGUACUUGAAUCUUCAUUAAAUAAUUAUAUUAAACUAAUUAUAGCCUUGA